UAUAAUACUAAAAUGUAAUCCCCAUACUUCAUGUUGUUUCAGAUAAUUGUUUCUUUAGUCGCGACGGCUGCCGCCGAUGUGCUCCCAAGCUACAAUCUGCCAUCACCCGGUGGUGCAGGUUUCUCCCAUGGCAGUUCUGGGAGUUCAGGAUUCUCUGGAAGUGCAGGAUUCUCUGGAAGUGCAGGAUUCUCUGGAAGUGCAGGAUUCUCUGGGAGUGCAGGACACUCAGGAGGCGGAGGAUAUUCCGGGGGCGGCAGCUGUGGUCAUGGACAGGUCCGUCAUGUUGAUGGCAGCUGUGUGACUCCUCAGGUCACCCGAAAUUUGUUUGUGUACAACGCCCCUCCAGUGGCCCCAAUCGUGGGCCCACGACCACACGUUCCUCUCCCAAGAAUUGAACACAAUGUUAUCUUCAUUCGCACCCCAGAGCAUGGCCCAGGCCAGCAACCCAUUGUCGUGCCACCACCACAAACAAAGAACGUCGUGUACGUCCUCAACAAACGACCUGAACACGACCAACAGGUCAUCCACGUACCAGCACCAGAACAAGAGGCUCCUGAUGUGUUCUUCGUCAACUACGCUGAAGGAGACAACCCAACUCUGCCCACCGGCGAGGACCUCCAGUCUGCUCUCGGCUCUGCUACCCAGGGUGGCGGUGAAGUUAUCUCUAGCGGCGGUAUUGGAGGUGGCAUCGGUGGCGGUAUUGGAGGUGGCAUCGGUGGCGGUAUUGGAGGUGGCAUCGGUGGCGGUAUUGGAGGUGGCAUCGGCGGCGGUAUUGGAGGUGGCAUCGGCGGCGGUAUUGGAGGUGGCAUCGGUGGCGGUAUUGGAGGUGGCAUCGGUGGCGGUAGUGGAGGCGGCGUCGGCGGCGUUUAUGGAGGCGGCAUCUCUACCGUUACUCCAUCCGGUGUGUACUCUGCACCUUAGACACUCUAGGCUCCAGCUGCCAGCUCCAGCCUCCAUCUUUACAUCACAGUAUAACUCGUCGGCUUCAACUACCUGCUUAUUAUUACUAUUACUACUGAAUCUCCGCUCGUCUUGUAAUGAAUUAUUUAUUUUUUGUGAUAAGCGGAUUUCUAUUUAAUGACAUCAAAGAUAAUAUAUUUCGCACUGGUUAUCUCUGCCAAAUUAAAUAAAAUAUAUUAUUAGUAA